AUGAACAAGAAAAAGAAGAAAUUGAGAUUGAAUCAACUUCGUUUAAACGCUUCAAGUUAUCUGAAGAUAAAGAUUCAUCAACAUCAGCAUCACCAACAAUGUUCAAGAGCAUUAGAGUCUUUAACAAUAUCUGUAUCUUCACAACCAUCAUCACCACAUUCAAUAUUAUCUAAAGCUUCACCACAAGUAACAUCAACACAGUCGUCAAAAUCAGGACAUAUAUCAUCACCAACGGGUGCAAGAGCUUUAGCACUUUUAACCAUAUCAGCAUGUUCACUAGCACCAACAACAGCUUUAUCAUCAUCAAUAAGAUCAUCAACAUCAACUAGUUCACAAACAACGACACCUUUAGCACCACCAAUAAAUUCACCAUCAUUCAUGUCAACUUGUUCAACACCAACAGCACCUUUAGUAUCACCAAUAAAUUCACCAUCAUCAACAUCAUUAUUGCCAUCUAAUGAACAAGAUCCUUGUCUUGGUCCAGCAGCAGCCAAACAAUUCGUUUUUCUUGGACCAUAUCAACCUGAUUUUAAAUUUCCUUCAGUUCAAAAUCGUCAUUUUUGUCGACAGUGGUAUUCCAUUUAUUCCUGGUUAGAAUACAGUCCAAAGAUUGAUCGUGCUUUUUGCUAUGUGUGUCGUAUGUUAUAUGGUAGUGGAAAAAUUGAUAGUUGGUUUACUGUAAGUGGUUUUAAUUCGUGGAAAAAUGCAAUUACUAGAUUGAACAAUCAUCAAUCUUCAGUUACGCACAAGCAAGCAUUACAAACAUGGAUAGAUUUGAAAAAAAACUAUAAUAAUAAUAGUGAUGUGUUGAAAUUAAUAGACAAGCAACACAAGAAACAAGCUGCAGAAAAUCGAGCAUAUCUGGUUGAAAUAAUAAGAACAAUUGUUUUUUUGGGUAAACAAGGUAUAGCAUUUAGAAGUCAUCGAGAACAUGGUCAAUCUUCUAAUAGGGAAAAUUUUCUCCAACUUCUUGAAUUGAGAAGUUUAGAUAAUGAUUUAAUUAAAAAAAUCUACAUAGAUUAA